AUGGAGACAAAAAUGCUUAAGUUGGUCUUCUUCUCCUCGCUUCUGAUCACUGCAACGCAUUUUUACAUGGUGGCCGAGGCUAGAGGACCAAUAGUGAACCGAAGGUGCAUCACAGUGGACCACUGCCAAUUAUGGUGCGACGGUUGCAGCAAAUGUGAAUGCCUUCAGAACCUUUGCACUUGUACCGCCAAGCCCCCACCAGCCACCGUCUUUGUCACGGGAAACACCGCAUCUCAGCCUUCGCCUCUAAUUUUGAUUUAG